GUCUCAGUGAGUCCUCGCUGCCAGGCGCUGUCGCAGUUCCUGAGCUCGAGGGGCGAGCCUCCGUGGCGGCUGAAGCAGAUUCUUCACGGGAUCUACAAGGACCCCAAAUGGAAGUGGCACGCCAUCGAUGGCCUGCCUUCUGGCCUCCGGUGGCGACUCAAGGACGAAUUCGGCAAGUACAUCUCCACGUUCAAGUUGGGGCCCAAGGUGGAGGGAGACUUUGCGCAGAAGGUGCUGCUGCACGCGCGGAAGGACGACGCACGGGUUGAGGCGGUGUCGCUGCAGUUCCGCACGCACCGGUCGCUGUGCAUCUCGUCGCAGGUAGGUUGCGCGUUCAAGUGCGGCUUCUGCGCGACCGGCAAGGUUGGCCUGAAACGGCAGCUGGACGCGGACGAGAUCUGCGACCAGGUGUUGUACUUCAUGCAGCGCGAUCAGAAGAUCGACAGCGUGUCUCUCAUGGGCAUGGGCGAGCCGCUUGCCAACCCGAAGGUGUUUGACGCGCUGAACAUCAUGACGUCCCAGGAACUGCUAGGAAUGUCUGCGCGACGCAUCAACGUCUCCACAGUGGGCGUGAUCCCAGGGAUCCUGAAGCUUACGGAGGAGUUCCCUCAGGUGAACCUGGCCUUCUCGCUGCACUCGCCCUUCACGGAGGAACGCAACCGGCUGGUGCCGCUGAACCGCAUGUAUCCGAUGCGCGAGGUGUUCGAGGUCAUGGACCGGCGGAUCAGGAAGACGGGCAGACGCGUCUGGAUCUGCUACCUGCUGCUGCGGGGCCAGAACGACACCCCCGAGCACGCCAAGGCGCUCGUGCAGCUGAUGAAGGAGCGUCCUUCCGAGGUGCGGUAUCUGUACCACGUGAACCUGCUGCCCUACAACACGGGCCGCGCAGUGCCGGAGGACUUCAGGUCGCGCCGCCGCGCGCCUCCCACGCUGUCGCCGAUGCCGCCGACGCUGAACGCCCGCCGCGUGCGCUCGGCCGAAG